CAACGAAUUGUGGUUUUGAAGCGGCAAAGUUUUCAGUGACUUGUGACGAAGAGUGAGCUACAUAUUUAUUAACUAUUUAUGUGACAUUGACAAGAAAGUUAGUUAGUUUUGUGGUUCAUAGAAAUGUUUGCGCUUGGCAUGGACAUGCAUCGUGGCCAUCGUCAUCGUCAUCAGCAUAGUCGACGGCAAUAUUUCAUGCUCCUCUUAUCGCUGCUCGCGCUAGUUUUCAGUUUUGUAUGCUUGCCAGUGAGCGCACAAGAGUACGAAUAUAAUACUUAUAGACAUAUUAGCAAAGUGCGUCAAAAGCAGCUUGAAAAUCUUGCCACACGUCUACAUGCAUCCAUCAACCACAACAGAUUGCCAUGCGAGAGCUUCUACGAUUAUGUUUGUAGUUACAACAAUCCACUCUUCACGGUUUUGGGCCACUUACCCGAAUUCGCCGAGCUAAUGAAGCUGCUCACCGAACUGCAGCAAGAUCCCGAGCAAUUCGAUGCUAAGCAAAAGAUGAUGGACUUUUUUAUUUCCUGCAACUCUAAAAAAGCAAUCGAAGACUGCUAUCGCGAGACAUUUGAGUACUUCAAACCACUCUUCGGCUAUAUAAUAAGCAAAAAUCACAUAAGCCCCAACUCCGUGGAACACCAUAACUUCCUAAAUUUACUCGAGAAUUUUCUCUACAAAGCAGCGCAAACUCACAACUUCAUGCAUCAUCCCAUUCGUCAUCGCCUACUCACGCUGAGGGAGAAAUUCCGACUUCCACACAUCUAUUUUCGACCACACGAGCUGAGUCAUGAGUACGAGUCGUUGCGUGUCUAUCGUGAAAGUUACAAGCACAAUGUACGCAAUUUGGAGCUGCAUCGCCGCCGCAACUCCACCUACGAGUUGGGCGUUGAACGCACCAUGCUGGACUGGACGCUUUAUCUCUAUCAGAGUCGCAACAUGCCCAUGUCCUACUACUACCCAACACUGAAUGUACACUUGUGGAUGACACUGUACAACACGACCGAGCGCGAUCGUGAGCCGAAGCGUGUACACGAGUUGGCUGAGUGCCUCAAGUUGCCGCCGUACGUGCACGUCUUGGAUGAGGCUCGCGUCUUGGCUGUUGUCUAUCUGAAGGCAUUUCAAAAUGCUUGGGUGGAUUACAGCGACUGGACUAAGCCUGAUCGAGCAAGCAUAAAUAAUGAAGUCUACGAUAGUGAGAAUAGAAUACUUGGCGCAUAUGAUUUGGAUAAUAAGAAAGUCUUCUUCAUAUUAUAUGCACAGAACUUUUGUGAGUUUGGCAAGGAACUGGCUGAGAAUAUAUUCUACCUGGGUAUGAAGCAAAAUCGUGAUUUCGCCGAUAGUUUCGACUGCGUAUUCUCGCGUGAGCCACGAAUGCCGUGUUAUGUGUGAUAUGCGAGAGCUUACGCUGAGUUUAAGUAAGAAAAAGAGCAAUGUUUAAACACUUAAUCAAAUUAACCAACAUUUUCAAAGUGCGAGUGUUUUUAAUACAAAAAAAUUAUAAUCUGAACUAAAGUUUUCUUUUACCAUAAAAGUCGAGCAACUCCUGCAACCCUGGUGCAUAGUUUUGAGAUAAAGGAACCUUGCAAUUUUUUACCGCCUUCGAAGGACAACCAGUUUUUAAUGCGGCACCUUUUUACGUCUGAAAUAACUAGACUCAAAGUUUUACGUUUGACUGCAGAGGGCGGAUCGCUGUAAAAAUUCCUUUCCGAAUUCUCCGGUUUCUUGGCUCUUACCCGGCUAAGUCUUAUGUAUAUGAGCGCAUUAUUAAGUGAAAAAUUUGUUGUUGAAUAUCACCCCUCGGCAUUCAAGAACCUCUAGAAUUUAGUUCUGAAUUCAAUAAGCCUUCCUCAAAAUGAUAAAGUUCCAAGGGCACAUUAGUAAGCUAUUUACCUAGAAUUUGACUGUACAGUGCAAUGUGAAUGCCAGAUUUAAAUUUACCGAUGGUAUAAAACACUUGGCUAAAGUUGUCCUGCC